GCCCCCAGCCCAGCCCCCGGGGCCUCAGGACCGCCGGGGCCUGGCCGCUAGCCGGGCGUGCGCCAAGUUCAGCCGCCAACGGCACGGCCAGGCCAGCAUGGUGGACCACUUGCUGCCAGUGGACGAGACCUUCUCGUCGCCGAAAUGCCCAGUUGGUUAUCUGGGUGACAGGCUGGCCAGUGGGCGGGCGUACCACAGGCUGCCCUCGCCCCUCUCGGAGGAUGACAGCGAUGCCUCCAGCCUCUGCUCCUGUGCCAGCCCAGACUCACAAGCCGUCUGCUCCUGCUACAGUGGUGGGCCAGGUGCUGAGGGCCAGGACAGCAUCUUGGAUUUCCUGCUGUCCCAGGCCACACUGGGCAGUGGUGGCAGUGGUGGCAUUGGGGCCAGCGGUGGUUCCAUGGCCUGGGGGGCCUGGCGGAGGGCACCGGCACCUGUGAAGGGGGAGCAUUUUUGCUUCCCCGAAUUUCCUGUGAGUGACCCUGAUGACGUCCCAAGGCCCUUCCAGCCCACCCUGGAGGAGAUUGAAGAGUUUCUGGAAGAGAACAUGGAGCUGGGAGUCAAGGAGGCCCCAGAAAGCAACAGCAAGGACGCGGAGGCCUGUGACCAGCUCUCAGCCGGGCCACACAGGAGCCACCUCCAUCCUGGGUCCAGUGGGAGAGAGCGCUGCACCCCGCCUCUGGGCAGUGCCGGUGUGGGUGGCAGCCAGAGCCCGGGUGGGGGGCCUGCAUCUGAUGGCCCUAUCCCUGUGCUGCUACAGAUCCAGCCUGUGCAGGUGAAGCAGGAGUCAGGCACGGAGCCCGCCUCCCCUGGGCAGGCCCCGGAAAGUGUCAAGGUGGCCCAGCUUCUGGUCAAUAUCCAGGGUCAGACCUUCGCACUUGUGCCCCAGGUGGUGCCCUCCUCCAAUGUGAACCUGUCAUCCAAGUUCGUGCGAAUCGCCCCUGUGCCCAUUGCUGCCAAGCCGAUUGGGUCGGGACCCCUGGGCCCUGGCCCCACUGGCCUACUCAUGGGCCAGAAGUUCCCCAAGAAUCCAGCAGCAGAACUCAUCAAAAUGCACAAAUGUACUUUCCCUGGCUGCAGCAAGAUGUACACCAAAAGCAGCCACCUCAAGGCCCACUUGCGUCGGCACACAGGCGAGAAGCCCUUUGCCUGCACCUGGCCGGGCUGCGGCUGGAGGUUCUCCCGCUCUGAUGAGCUGUCGCGGCACCGGCGCUCGCACUCGGGGGUGAAGCCCUACCAGUGUCCUGUGUGCGAGAAGAAGUUCGCACGGAGCGACCACCUCUCCAAGCACAUCAAGGUGCACCGCUUUCCUCGGAGCAGCCGCUCAGUGCGCGCGGUGAACUGAGCGCCCGCCUGCCCCUGCCCCCUCCCCCGCCCCGUUAUUUUGUAGCAAUAAUUUAUUUGCCUCUUCAGAGGGACGUGACAAUGUUGCCAACCCACCUUCUGAAGCCCAGGAGGUGCAGGAAGAUGGGGGCUUGCCUGGGAGGCGGGAACCCAGAGCCCCCAGCCCGCUGCCUUUCCUAGGAAGACCUAGAGCCGCGCCUGCGUCCCUGGGGGCUGGCACCCCAUGUCCGUCCCCCCCCCACCCCCCCACCGGGCUGCAGGCCGGCCUUCCUGCCUUUGUGCCUUUGUGCCUUCCCGCGGCCGGCCUGUGCUAAGGCAGUACUGGGAGCCUGGACCUUCUCCCACUGGGCUCCCUGCCUGGGCCAGGGCUGGCACUUUUUUGCUCAGAAGAAAUGUGCAGUUUUGAAAUGUCAGUUCCCAGAGGGAGCCAUGCUGGGAAGAAGGAAGUAGGCCAGAAGUCCAGGGCUGCACUGUGGUGUGAGGGUGGCUUUGUCCAAGAUCUGCUGCUCAGCCUGACUACAGGAGGGUAGGAGUGGGGCAGUCCAUGGCGCGUCACUGGGCCCCUGGGCAGAGGUGGAAUUAGGCUGAGUUGCCCCCUCUGUGGGGGUCUUGGAGUGCAUGCGCUUGAGUUAAAGUGUCAGGCAGACAGACAGAUGCCGGCUAGCCCCAGAGCAUCUGUACCCAGCAUGGCUCAUCCCCUCAUCCCGUUUCCAGACAGAUCCAGACACCAGCCUCCAUGGUCCCUUUGGGGAAGAGAGGGGAGCAGGCUGCAUUGCGUGUAGGAGAACUAGGUAGAGCCUCCGAAUCCUGAUUUAGAAAUGCAUUCCUUAUUUUGUCUAGAAAUUAAUAUCAAAUGAACUAGCUUGUUUUGACAGGUUUAUUUCACAUCCUAUGAAUGUAUGUAAAUAAGCUGUACAUAGGUACAUCUACAUAAAAUAUCUUUUAAUAACAUAUCAACAUUGGUGUAAAUUUGAAAUAAAAAAAUCUAUAAAGCUGGUGUACAUAUGUUACAAUUAUGUAUAUUUUCUUUGGUCCUUCAUAAAAAUAUAUUUACUUUGCCAAUAAAAAGAAAAAAGAACUCA